GAGGGUUCACUUUUGCUAAGUGCGGAUAGGGCAGGACAUAACUGUAAUUAGACAAGUUUCUACGAUUAAAACUUUAAAAGCACCUUUACCAUCUCCCCUCUCCGGCUCUCCCUACUGGUUACUGCUUGAGGAUUUAGGAUUGUACAGUCAAUAUUACUUCUUCACCCUAUCACAAUGGAAGCAGACGAAACAACAGAGGAAGAAGAAAACGAAGACAUGUUUACUGGGUUAGGUGGGGAGAAAGAGAAAUGGAUAAAGCACUACUCAACCUCACAUAGAAUCUUAUUGGUUGGUGAAGGAGACUUUUCCUUCUCUCUUUGUUUGGCUAAAGUUUUCGGUUCUGCAACGAACAUGGUCGCUACAUCUCUAGAUAAUCAAGAUUCACUGGAGCGUAAAUAUAGUUAUGCCAUUGGGAAUGUGAGAGAGCUAGAAGAGAUGGGUUGUGUUGUCCUGUAUGGAAUUGACGCAACCAAAAUGAGCCACCAUUUCUUUCUCAGGACUCAGAGAUUUGAUCGAAUCGUCUACAACUUCCCUCACGUGGGGUUUCUCUACCCUGAAGCUAGUUACUUCCAGAUAGAAUUGAACAAGAAGCUGGUGAAGGGGUUUCUGGAGAACGCCAAGAUACUAAUAAGGGAAAAGGGGGAAAUACAUUUGACCCAUAAGACCACCGAUCCCUAUGACAAAUGGGAUGUUGUUAAGAAAGCGGAGAAAAGAGGCCUGGUUCUACAAGAGAGUGUUCCCUUCUGCAAAGAGGAUUACCCAGGUUAUAGCAACAAGAGGGCACAUGGUACCUCCCCAGAUGCUCCAUUUUAUUUGGGAGAGAGUAGCACGUUCAAGUUCAAACUGAAAGUCUAAAAAUCCAAUAGACAGACUGAAUUAUUAAGUUUGAGGCCACAUGUUUGUUUGUGUGUCUGUUUAAGAAUUCAGAAGUUAUGGCUAUGCUUGGUUCAGCUCUCUUUCUUUUUCA